AUGAGAGAGGAUUGCUUCUACUUCAUGACGUCAUCCUGUGCACGGGGUAGUGCUUGUACCUUCAGACACAGUACUGCAGCUAAGAACUCUUCUACAACUUGUUCUAAUUGGACCAAUGGUAUAGAGUGUCCUGAUAGCUGUAUGUACCGACACUCAAACUACCAAAACAAAGAAAAGAAAGGCGUUCCUUGUUACUGGGAGAGUAGAGGAGGGUGCAAGAAGAAAGACUGUCCGUAUGUGCAUUGGGAAAAGACUCCUCACUUACUUGAUCUGACCAAGAUAGACUUUGGAGCACCAGUAGUUAGCGAGAAAGAGAUGUCCAAGGAAUUCAGUCGUAUUAAAACGGUUGAAGAGUUGGAAAGAGAUCUUAAAGAUCUUUCUAAGUACUAA